UUUGCAUGUUUUUCCCUCUAGGUUGCAGUGUGCAACCUUGCCUCCAUCGCAGUGAACAUGUACGUGAAGCCAGACGGAACUUACGACUUCGAGAAACUGAAAGAGGUCACAGUGGUCAUCACACGCAACCUGAACAAGAUCAUUGAUGUCAACUACUACCCUGUCCCUGAGGCUGAGAACUCCAACAAGAAGCACCGGCCCAUCGGUAUCGGCGUGCAGGGCCUGGCUGACUGCUUCAUCCUCAUGCGGUACCCGUUUGAGAGCGAGGAGGCUCAGCACCUCAACAAGCAGAUCUUUGAGACCAUCUACUACGGAGCCAUGCAGGCCAGCUGUGAGAUCGCCAAGGAGCUGGGUCCCUACGAGACCUAUGAAGGCUGCCCUGUCAGUAAGGGUAUCUUCCAGUACGACAUGUGGAACGUGACCCCAACUGACCUCUGGGACUGGGCAGCACUCAAGGAACAGGUUAAGCAGCAUGGUGUCCGGAACAGCCUGCUGCUGGCCCCCAUGCCUACAGCCUCCACAGCACAGAUCCUGGGCAACAACGAGUCCAUCGAGGCUUACACAAGCAACAUCUACACCAGGAGGGUGCUGUCUGGGGAAUUCCAGGUUGUGAACCACCACCUGAUGACUGACCUGACAGAACUGGGCCUGUGGAACGAAGAAAUGAAGAACAUGAUCAUUGCUAACAACGGCUCAGUGCAGAACAUUGAGGUUAUCCCAGAGAAUAUCCGGAACCUGUACAAGACCACGUGGGAGAUUUCACAGAAAACCGUGAUCAAGAUGGCGGCAGACCGUGGCGCCUUCAUCGAUCAGAGCCAGUCUCUCAACAUCCACAUUGGCGAGCCAAACUACGGAAAGAUCACCAGCAUGCACUUCUACGGCUGGAAACUGGGUCUGAAGACAGGCAUGUACUACCUGCGCACACGCCCUGCCUCCAACCCUAUCCAGUUCACUGUGGACAAGUCAAAGCUGGCACAGUCGACCAAGGCAGAGAAGGAAAAACAGCUGGAGGCCAUGGUCUGCUCUCUCGAAAACAAGGACGAAUGUUUGAUGUGUGGGUCCUAAAGAAAUUCUAACAGAAAGAGUGUAACAAAAUCUGUACCCAAAACUUAUUGUUUUCCAGUUAUGUUGUCGUUGUUUCUCCAUUGUAUACAGUUCAAUCCAAUCAUGAUCAACAAGCACUCUGAAAUGCAUGUUAUACAACACCAUUGAUCAUCUUUCAUUGUUUUGUGAACUUUACAGAAAAGCUAUUCGCAAAACUGUCACUCUAUGAAAUAUAAAAAAAAAAUGAUUUAAUAGUACAUUAUAACAAAUAGUUUGUAUGUUACUAAUAGGGAAGACUAUUAUAAAGAUAUACAUGUAUUGUUUUUUCCUUGUAUGUAUACCAAGAAGUUUGAAACUUUGGAAAAUCAGCCUACUUUGCCCACAUUGCAGAAAUGGACUCUUGACUCUGUAUUAUAUAUUUGUACAGUCACUUAUCACUGGUCAUUUUAGAUUUGUAAGGUUGUAUCCAAAAUUUAGAAACACAUUCAAUCUUAGAAACCCAGUGUGGAAUUGUAGGUUUGCAUGUCAUACUGUAAAUGCAUUUUAAGUGUGCAGUGAUGUAAUUUUGGAUAAGGAGAAAGUGGAAUUUGUGUGAUAGCGUUAUAGUCACGUUUUUACAGUAGUGGAAACACUGACGCUUCAAGUUCUCGGUGAAGAAAACCAAAAGACAAGAACAAUAAAUACUGCAAACAUAAAUGCAUUUGCAUAGUGACAAUAUGCUUCUUGUAUAUUAUCUUAUCCUACUUUGUGUACUGAAGACUAUAGUUAUACUUAUAGAGGUAGUUGAAAUGUCUAAAGUUCUCCCAAAUCUGAAGUGACCAGUGAUACUUUCUGGUGGUCAACCUACUUUGUUUCACCGUUAUACCAAAAUAACUUUAGGAGACUUAUUAAUAGUGUUACACUUAAGACAUCAAGUACUCUUAUAGAUGUGUGCAUGUUUACUUUAACUGUGGUGUCUUGGUGCAGACGACUUGAAGUUUUUUUGUCUUCUUCCACGGCCAACAAGCACUGCCCCGAAUGAUGUAACUGUGUGUAUAUGUGGCUAAGUGGUUAGAAUAAAGGCUAUUUUCAAGUCUCU